AUGAUUCCGCUCUUCCCCGCAGCAGCAGCUGCUGCUGCAGCGGUGGCUCGUCGUGGCGCCAUCCGUCUUGCUGCUGCAGGACAUAUGAGCGGCUCUGUGGGUUUCUUAACAAACCCAUAUACACAGCAGCUGCAGCAGCAGCAGCAGCAGCAACAGCAGCAGCAGCAGCAGCAGCAGCAGCGUUUUUUCAGCGGCGUACGAGGCCGCCACAGAGGAGAACCCCGCCCGAAGUGGAUGGCUGUCUUUGGGUCUAUUGCUGCAGCUGCUGCGGGGCUGACGGCGGGCUGGCAAGCGCAUGCAGCAACAGCAGCAGCAGCAGAAGAGGCUGCUACUGCUGCUGCUGUGCGGCUAUGCCCAGCAGAAGCCUCGACCACUAUCAGUACCAGCAGCAGCAGCAGCAGCAGCAGCAGCAAACCAAGAAGCAGAUACAGCCCAUAUGGAAACCCGCAGAUAUUUAAACCCCCAGAAGUAGAAGCAUGGCAGAAUUUCCUAAAGACAAGGGAGGGCUUCCUCUCGCUGCAGGUGCUGGCGCAGCCGCCAGCAGAUCACCGAACUGCUGCUGCUGCUGCUGCUGCUUCUCCUGCUGCAGCAGCUGAGCUGGGGGAUAACCUCGGCACUAUACUGCUAAUCGAAAGGCAAGCUCUGCUGCUGCUGCUGCUGUUGCUGCUGCUGUUGCUGUGGAGAGACCAGUCCUGCCUCCAGGCAGCAGAAGAAGAAGCACAUAGACGUGUAGCUCAGCUGACAGUGCAGCAGCAGCAGCAGCAGCAGCAGCAGCCGCCGCCCAAGCAGCAGCAGCAGGUGCAGCUGCUUGCAGAUGCCUUGGCCUGGCCCUCACGAGCCUACAUGAUGGACUCCAGAGCAGCAGCGCCGCUGUGGCUGGCUAGGAAAGAAGAAGAGACAGAAAACGUCAGGGUUUGUCUCCAGCAGCAAACUGCAACAGCAGCAGCAGCAGCAGCAGCAGCAGCAGCAACAGCAGCAGCAGCAGCAACAGCAGCAGCAGCGCAGCAGCAGCAGCAGCAGCAGCAGCAACAGCAGCAGCAGCAGCAACAGCAGCAGCAGCAGCAGCAGGAAGAAUACAACAACGUGCGGGUUCUCCUGCUGCUGCUAAUGCUGUCGUCGCUAACGUUCAUGUUACGUGGUGGUGCUGCUGCUGCUGCUGUUCUGCUUGCUGCUGCUGCUGCUGCUGCUGCUGCUGCUGCUGUGCGGUAUCAGCGGAGACAGACGGCGAGCAGCAAACAGAGAAACAAAUAUAUACACAGAAACGAAUAUAGAUAG